AGUCUACCGCGCCACCAUGACCUUAUUACCUCGUGUUAUAAACGGAAGUAUAGCCGGUCUUAUUGGUGUUACUUGUGUUUUCCCAAUUGAUCUCGUAAAAACUCGACUUCAAAAUCAACAAAUAACGAGCAAUGGCCAACGUAUGUACAAUUCGAUGUUUGAUUGUUUUGUUAAAACUGCCAAGAGUGAGGGAAUAUUUGGCAUGUACAAAGGAUCUGCUGUCAAUCUUCUUUUAAUAACGCCAGAAAAGGUUAUUAAAUUAGUUGGUAAUGACAUUCUUCGCCAUAAACUUCAGAAUAAACAAGGAAAACUAACGCUAUUCCGAGAAAUGUUAGCUGGAGGGGGAGCUGGCCUAUGUCAAAUUACUGUAACCACCCCUAUGGAGUUAUUAAAAAUUCAAAUGCAAGAUGCCGGAAGGAAAAUAUCAAAACCAAAAGUAAUAAUGAAAAAGACGUCUGCAGAGCUUCAUUCUAGCCGAUCAUAUGCAACAACGACGAAAGAAACGACAAUGACUGCCACUAGCAUUGCCUUGAAGCUAUUGAGAGAAAGAGGUUUAUUUGGCCUAUACAAAGGGUGUGGCGCUACCGCUUUACGCGACGUCACUUUUAGCGCAAUAUAUUUCCCACUCUUUGCCCAUUUUAAUUCCGUUGGACCAAAGAGAGCUGAUGGUAGUUCUAAAUUUUAUGUAACCUUCGUUGGGGGCUGUUUAGCUGGUUGCAUAGCGUCUCUGAGUGUAAAUCCUUUCGAUGUCGUCAAGACAAGGUUGCAAACACUCUCAAAGGGUCAGGGAGAAACAACAUACGAAGGAAUAAUCGACUGCUUCAGAAAGACUUGGGGAAUAGAGGGAGGAAAAGCAUUUUUCAAAGGGGCAACCUGCAGAAUAAUGGUCAUCGCUCCAUUGUUUGGUAUCGCUCAAACUGUUUAUUAUUUAGGUGUUGCAGAGAAACUUUUAAAUGUUGAUCGCUCUAAGUCCGUUUAA